AUGGCCGGCGGCUGUGCCACGUUUUGUACGAUCCUGUCUGCUGUGGCCGUUCCCGUUCUGAUCUUCUUCGGCUUCCUUUGCUCCGUGGGGUCGCCGAUGAUGGAAAUUCCAGAGGCCCCGGGGGGCCCGCAACGAGAAUGGGCAGAGGGGGGAGAG